AGCCAAGCACAGACCCACGCCCACACCUGCAGGCAGCCAUGGAGGCCAUCAAGAAGAAGAUGCAGAUGCUGAAACUGGACAAAGAGCACGCCAUCGACCGCGCAGAGCAGGCCGAGUCCGACAAGAAAGCUGCCGAAGACAAGUGCAAACAAGUGGAAGAGGAGCUGACACACCUCCAGAAGAAACUGAAGGGCGCUGAGGAUGAGCUGGACAAGGACUCCGAGGCCCUGAAGGACGCGCAGGAGAAGCUGGAGCUGGCGGAGAAGAAGGCCUCCGACGCUGAAGGAGAUGUGGCAGCUCUCAAUCGACGUAUCCAGCUGGUGGAGGAAGAGUUGGACCGAGCUCAGGAGCGGCUGACCACAGCUCUGCAGAAGCUGGAGGAGGCAGAGAAGGCUGCAGAUGAGAGUGAGAGAGGCAUGAAGGUAAUUGAGAACCGGGCCAUGAAAGAUGAGGAGAAGAUGGAGAUCCAGGAGAUGCAGCUCAAAGAGGCCAAACACAUUGCUGAGGAGGCCGACCGCAAGUACGAGGAGGUAGCUCGUAAGUUGGUCAUCCUGGAAGGUGAACUGGAGAGAGCUGAGGAGCGUGCCGAGGUGUCCGAACUAAAGUGCGGUGACCUGGAAGAGGAACUCAAGAAUGUCACUAACAACCUGAAGUCACUGGAGGCUGCAUCUGAAAAGUAUUCUGAAAAGGAGGACAAAUAUGAAGAAGAAAUUAAGCUUCUGUCUGACAAGUUGAAGGAGGCUGAGACCAGAGCCGAGUUUGCAGAGAGGACUGUUUCCAAACUGGAAAAGACCAUCGAUGACCUGGAAGAAAAACUUGCCCAGGCCAAAGAAGAGAAUGUGGGCUUACAUCAGACACUGGAUCAGACACUAAACGAACUUAACUGUAUAUAACCAACCAGAAGCAGCAAGGUCUUGAUCUGACACCAACUCCAGAGUGCUGUGUCUCCCUUUCUUCUUGUAAGAAGUUCCUUUUAUGAUUGCAUCUCCGCUUUGCUGGAAAUGUUAAGCAGAUAAUGAAUUCGUGACCAAAUAUUUUGUACCAGGCAAGCUUUGAGCACCAGUUAAACUGAAUUCUUUCCUUUUCCUCUCAAAUGGCACUGGCUUCUUCAGCUCUAUUUUUAUUAAGUUGCAUUUAUUCCUCAAAUAAGCAGGGUAUUUCUUGCUGAGUGUAAUGUCUUAAGGCUGAGGGCACUUGGUUCCCAGGAAGUAGUCAGCCCCACACUUUCAAGCACAGGCUCUGGUAUCUUAAUAGUCAUAGGUUGACUUCAGCAUCAAAGACUAUUUAACUUAUCUGGUUGCUGUUGGCAAAGUUACAGGAGGCUGGGGACCAUCACAAGAAAACAGGUGGGGAUUUUCCAUCCAGAACAAAAAGAGAAAGCAGACUAUGGUAGGAAGUCUCAAGCCACAGCCAGAUUGGCCUGGUCAUGCAGGGCCUGCUCCACACCACUGUGCAGAGCAGACUUCCAUCAUCUGGCGAGGACAGUGGGUGAUAAUGGCCCAGGUGUCUUCUGAAUAGAUCCUUGAUGCUCUGCUGCACACAUUUCCCUUUUGUUCCAAAGCUGUCCUCCUGAGCGAGCAAGUGUCUUAUCCCAGGACAUGUCUGCUGUGGUCUCAGGUCAUCUACUCAGCAGGGAAUAUGGUAGGGUUUGAUUCUAUUCAGACCAAUCAUGUCAAAAAGACUGCUAGCAAGGCUGGGCUUGGUAUCUCACACCUUUAAUCCCAGCACUCAGAGUAGAGGCAGCUAGCCUGGGCUACAUAGCAAGACCCUGUCUUCCCCUUUCCCCCACAGAAAGGCUGCUAGCAAGGCAGUGUCUUCGUAUUAACAAAUGUUGAGCAUCGAAGGUUUCAGGCAGCAAAGCAGUAAUAAAAAGAAAAAUUGGCUCAACUUCAUCUCCACUGUUCAGGGAACAGCAGAUGGAAAAUACUUAGCCAGGAUUUUAAUUCCUUCUGGAAUUCUGUGAUUAAAAAAACCAAGAAACUCCUGAUUGAACUGGAUACGGAGUAUUCUGAAGGUGGAGGCUGCACAUUUUAUUGGCUUUGUUGUAUAAUUGCUUUCUCCGUUAACAUCUCAGAGCUGAAACAUUCCACAUCCCCCAGUGUUGUGGGGCCAACUUGAGUUUACAAUCCUGACGGAAAAUCACCCUGCUUCUCACUUAUCCGAACCCCUUGCCCCUCACUCCUAUUUAUUAAGCAUCACACUACCCAGGAGAUAAACUAGCAAAUUGUGCAGUUGAAUAGAGCCCACACUUUUCUUCAGAUUCUUGCAUCUGUAUCGUAUCUGAUAGUAUCAUUUUUUUCUACAUUUUGGUCAAAUAAAUUUUUACAUAAAUGA